UUCGGUGAAGUUUUGUCUGUGUAUUCUCGGGCCGUGGAGGAAGAUGAGGAGGAGCUCGAUGAAAACGAAGAAGAUGAAGAAAUCCGCAGAGAACUGGAGGAAAAAAGGGAGGUUCAUCUGCACUGGAGCCCUGAAGUCUCCGAGUCGCUGAAGUCUGGAAACAAGUUGCAGUGUUCAGACUUCAUCCUCGCUGUGGGACAUAACGCUGCCAGGUUUCUGUCAGUGUACGUUCUCACCUCUGAAAACUGGGACGCGGUGGGACAUGCAUCCGUGUGGAACGAGCGGAGCCGGGCUGUAACCGGCAAAACCAGCGAGGAGUCUGCGUGUGUUUUCUACAGACACAAGGACAACCCAUCAGUUUUGAUAUGCCAAGUGACUUGCUACAUUGCAGAAGACCAGCUUUUCCAGUGGACAGAAAAGGUGUUCGACUGUCUGCAGCACAGACAGCUGAAUGUGACUCUGCUGUCAGAGAGCUCUGUGUCUGAGUACAAGGCGGCCGACUAUGUGUGCUGCAGCUCCGCUCCCUUCCUGCGCUCUCUCCACACCAGUGCUUUCAGUGGUCGGCCUGUGUGCCAGUCACUGGAGCAGCCAAACAUAGUCACAGGACUUCCAGCCGCAGUACUGAACCACUGCGAGGUCCACCACAUCGCCUCAGUUGUUUACCAGUGUUACAGUGAUGUCAUUGGCCCUGACUCUGUCACCAUGGAGACCUUCAAGCCUGCACUUACAAAGCUUGGCAAGUCCAUACAGUUGGACCCGUCUCCCAGCACAGAUGUCCUCCGCAAAUUUGUCAGAACCACCAACAUUCAGAGUAACCUUUAUAUCUGAAAAUGGUCCUGUUGCACACUGUGCAGUGCAUUGUAAUUCUAUUUCCUUGUGGUAAAAUACUGUCAUUUUUUAAUAAACAGAUUAAGUAAAGAAAA